AUGCGUUCCAUCCCAAUCCUAGCUUCACUGGCAGCCAGUGCCCUCGCAUCUGCACUGCCACCGAAAGUCACAGACACUGAUAGCACCCAGCUCCCCCUCGUAAUCUGGCACGGCCUCGGGGAUGAUUUCGAACGUGAAGGUCUGAAAGAAGUCGUCGAAUUAGCCGAAUCCACAAACCCAGGGACAUACGUGCACCUGAUCCGACUCGCCGAAGAUGGCAAUGGAGAUCGCCAGGCAACCUUCCUCGGCAACGUCACGGAGCAAAUCGCCUACGUCUGCGACCAGCUCGCCGCAGACCCAAUUCUUCGCACCGCGCCCGCCAUCAACGCGCUAGGCUUCUCGCAGGGCGGCCAAUUCCUCCGCGGCUAUAUCGAGCGCUGUAACGCCCCGCCCGUGCACAACCUCGUCACAUUCGGCAGUCAGCACAACGGCAUCUCGGAGUUCCAGUCGUGCUCGUUGGGCGACUGGCUAUGCAGUGGAGCCGAGGCACUGCUUCGAUCCGGUCGGUGGACGAACUUUGCGCAGUCGCGCGUCGUGCCGGCGCAGUAUUUCCGCGAUCCUACGGACAUGGAACAGUACCUCGAAUACAGCAAUUUCCUGGCCGAUAUCAACAACGAGCGCGAGUUCAAGAACGAGGAUUAUAGGAAGAAUUUGAUGUCUCUGAAUCGAUUCGCGAUGUUCAUGUUUGAAGAAGAUACUACUGUUGUGCCGAAAGAGAGUUCGUUCUUUGCCGAGGUUAAUGGUACCACCGGUGAAGUGACUCCUCUGCACGAGAGGCCCAUUUACAAGGAGGAUUGGUUGGGUUUGAGGGUUCUCGACGAAGAGGGGAAGUUGGACUUUAGAACUACUCCUGGGCAGCACAUGCGGCUGACCGAGAAGGUGCUGAAGAAGACUUUCGAAGAGUAUUUUGCUCCGUUGAAAGGAGAGCAGAGUACUUCGUCACCUGGCCUUGUUGUGCAGCGUGCUCACUAA